GGCGCUAUGCUUGAAUGUCUGCAGUGCAGUGCCGCAGCUGGUGAAAUGACGAGUUUCUCUGCGAAUGUCUGCAUUUUCGCUGCAUUUCUGUCAAAUAUUUUUUCAAAAGAAGUGUUGAAGUGGAUACUUAGCAUAUUCCUCACUUUUUGUGGGUUGUUGCAAUUGUCUUACUUGAUGGCGACUUCAGAUAAACCCGAGAGCAGAACAGCAGGUCAUGUGAUGCUGAUGGACCAAUCAGGGUUUGCCUAUGGCGGAAUCCUCAACGAGUUGUCUCCAACUAUGAACAUUAAUGACUCCGGCGUUGCCCAAGUGAUCAAGUUUGCAAUACAGCACGCCGAAAGGAACCACCCUGAUACAGUCCCACAGAAUGCAGAAGGAAAAGCUCUGGAGCCGUCAGUGUCUGAUCUCAAAAAGUUGAAACUCCAAGCCACCAAAGAUGGUAAGACCCAGCAUAGUUUGAUAGAGAGCACAUUCGUCGAUGCCACCAAACAGCAGUUUCAACGCAGGAGAGUCAUCUACGGCAUAACCUAUUCAUUCUGUCUGACAUGGACCGGUGUUGCAAACCCACACCGGCACACUUUUGUGGUUUCGUUAGACAGACAGAGAAACAUGUACGUGUUUGAACACACUUUUGUCCGGGAGGGCCACCCUGCGUCAAGAAGUAACUCGGACCAAUCCGCUAUAGCAACCGAUGAGCCGACGACCAGCAGCCAAUCAGAAUGCAUACAAGGUGGUGAUAUCAUAGCCCCUGACCAAUCAGAGUGCGAGUCACGCACCGGGAGCAUUUGGAGUAACAAAAGGAAAACAGAGGCCGGGGAAAGUACAGACGUCAAUCGGCCUGGCGAGACAGACACGAAGAAGGCAAAACUCGGGGAGCAUUUUAGCAUUGUCACCCAAAAUAUAUGGAAUUUCAACGGAAUAUCUCCAGGCGGUACUUCCGCGGACAAGAACGAGGCCUACAUUCAGAGGGUGGCUCAUUUAGGAGAUCUGAUAGCAAACACUAAGGCCGACAUCAUCGGGUUUCAAGAAGUCAGAUUUGACGUGAAUGGGGGCGGCCACCUUGGACCGUGCCAAGUGCAACAACUAGCCAACCACUUGCCACAGUACCAGUUUGUGUACCAGCCAGCCGUCAACUACGUUCCAGACAGCUUCGACAGAGCUGAAGAAGGCCUGGCUAUCUUUUCCUUGCAUCCCAUCCUGUCACAUGACUUCAUACUCCUCAGUAGAGAUAUGAACGAUGAUGAUGACAAGCAACACCAACGAGUCUGCCUACAUGCUGAAAUCGAAACGCCCUCUAAUGGCAGAAUUCAUGUUUUUCUGACCCACCUAUCUCUGAGUGAGGCAGCCAGAGAGAGGAGCGUAGUGGAGAUCUGGAAUCACAUGACCAAGUUUCCUGGACCGGCGGUGCUGAUUGGUGACCUGAAUGCCCAUCCCCAGAGCAGGGCCAUAAGAUUUCUUCAAGGUGAGCUGGAGAUCAAUGGUGUCAAGACAGAGGGACUUCAAGGUGCUUGGCUGGUGAAGAAAACGGAACCAAGGGUUGGGCCUCGGGCCUAUGCAAAGGAUGAGGCAAGAGACGAAGGAUUGACAUUCAGCACACUCAAUGAGCACCUCUCUGAAAGGAUUGAUUACAUAUUUGUGAGGCUCCCGGGCAAUAUGCAAAUGACUGACAUCUCAUUGGUGGACGACGGAGGCAGGGGACCAAUGGCAGCAUCCGACCACCUGGGUUUAAAAGCAACAGUAGCUGGAUCGUGAAUCUUGAACCUUGUGAACGAAUAAACGACCACCACGCUGUCCGUAAAUAGUUUGUGAGGUUAUCAGUGGACUUUGGGAAAUCUUUGCAUUUCAAAGCGUCAUAUAUGAAAAAAAAAAUAAGUGCUUAGUGAAAUUCCGCACAAGGACAGGGCGGCAUUUGAAAAUUGUCUGCGAAAUUGCUUUGAAUUGGAGUGCCGUGGCCUCGUGGUCUGGGGGCAUUGAAUUCGUGGUCUGCAGGUAAUUCUGCAGGUUGUUGGUUCGAGUCUAUAUUUUUGAUAUUGCGUUUGUUGCGGUCGGUCUAUGCUACAAUAUAAAUCAGCUGAACUACGUGGUGCUUUCACAUUUAAUGCAAUAGACUGUCUGGUUUUGUACUUUUUUCUGAUGUACAUGUACAUGGUGUAGAUGUACAAUGUAUACUGUAAACUUUGAUGUCAAGUUGAUUUCAAAGAGCUUAAAGUUGGUAUACACGUGUUUUGGGGCGUGGCACCCCGAAAAAUAAAUUUUCAAAUUGAAGAGAUAUUUUCUAGCAUUGCAUAAGUUAUGAGCUUUCCAAUGAGAUAUUGCACACAAAAAUCGGCUGACGAUAAGUAACCAAUUAAUUAAUUUCAACUUUUGAAUUAGGAGCGGGACACCUUCAAUUCGAAUCUGAGGCCAGCGGGACCUUUGUAGUUACGCAUGCGCUUUUGCGACGGUGCAGUUUAUGAAUAAUGAACACACAUUCCAAGUAACGUAUAUGUACCGGUACUGUACGCAUGAGUUGUUCAGACUUACUGUGCCUGAUGCGUACAUGUAGACGUUGCCAUUACUGCGACCACGUAAAACUAGACUUGGAAAACUACGGGUUUUGCAAUCCUGUGAGAGGAAAAGACGCAAAAGUAGCAGAGAUUCUGAUAGAACGUGGGAUCUGUGGUGCAGCCAGGCUGGCCUGGCGUGCAGUAGGUCUACCAUGAACGCGCAGCAUGUCCCAGAACAGCUACGAUCAUUGCGUAAGGAUCAGUCCACGGAGCCAGGCUAAUAGUGAUUCCAAAAUGAACAUACAUAAACACAAUGUACAUGGCCAUGUCACUAGAUAUGAAUAUUUAUAAAGUUAGCUCAAAACUUUUUGAACUUGAGCAGGCUGUGUAAAACCACUUUUUAAAACUGUAUAGAAGGCCUGCAAAUGCAAACUAGCCAAUUUAUUUGUUACAGGGCAUUCUGUUCCUUCAAAAUUUGUUGGGAAUAAGAAAAUUGAAGUUUUGACAAAGCAUGUACAUGUAUAUACCAACUUUAUGAUAGGAAAAAAAAUGGCUAUUUAAGGUCCAAAAAAAAAUAUUCGGUCUCUGGUCAGACCAAAGUUCCGGAAUUGACGCGGCGACGCGGCUUUU